UUAAGCCCGACUCUUCAACGCCAUAGCAUCAUCGUUAUUCCCACUCUCUCUCUUUAGGUUCUCUUUAGAUAGAGAGCCUUUAUUCUUUUUUCUCGCCUGUUUUGUUAAAUUUGUCGUUUUCUCUCUCUGCGCGGCUCUCCUGAUCCCUGAGCCGCUUAUUUUAACAGAAGUUUGGGAGAGGCUUCGCAGAGAGAGAUCCGAGUUUUUGAAAUUUGAAUAAAGAGAGAAAUGGCGGUUACUAGGGUUUCAUUUGUAGUUGUGGCUGUUGCUGCUGCUCUCAUUUUUGCUAUUUUCUUGCCUGCUACUUAUGCUCAGGCUUCCGGGCCCGCUCCUGCCCCCACCAGUGACGGGACAUCUAUCGACCAAGGGAUUGCAUAUGUGCUGAUGUUGGUGGCGCUGGUGCUCACCUAUCUCAUUCACGCCGCUGACUUUUAUUAAAAGCUUGUAAAUUUUUGCGAUUGUCGGGGGAUUUGGAGUUAGGAUAUGGCAAGAAAGUGCGAUAUAAUUUGUUGGAUGAUUCGUAUGUUUGAUUCGUCUGAGAUAUUGGGGCUUGUUUGUAUGUAGUUUUUAUGUACUUUGACGAAUUGUUGUUGGGCAUUGAUAAUGUUAUUCCUAUGUUAGACAGUA